UUCUGCGGCUGUACAAAGGGUGUACUGGUUCGAGGUCCUUUAUCAGAAUACAUUAAACAUAUCAAGGUCCUGUUGCCUAGUCAACAUGGACAUGGAUGGGACGUUUGGGAUGCCAAAGGGAAAUGAAACUGACAACGAUGACGAGGAGUUGAAUCUGGAAGAUUUUAUGGAGGUUGUCACCUCUUACAGAUGCAAGUUUUGCCCUUUCAUAGCUCACAGUCCACAAGGCAUGGGACACCACGUGAGGACGGCUCACAUGAAAUUACCUUCUCAGCAACAACAACAACAGCAACAACAACAAGCUGAGAGCAUGGACGUAGAAGAAGUCGAUGUCAAUGUCCAAAUGUUACAGCAACAACAGCAAGAACAACAGUAUCAACAAGAGCAACAGCAGCAAGUUAGCAGUAUGAAUGUGGAGCUAUUACAACAGCAACAAGAUCAACAACAGCUAGAAGACAUUAACACUCAACUGUUACAGCAACGUCAAUCAGGACUGUUACAGUACCAGCCACAACAACAAACAGGGAGUGGGGGAGAGACAGGGACCAGUGAGGUAGAGGUACAGGUGGAAGACGAGCAGACGGGGACGUCCCACAUAGUUGAGCAGGCUAUGGCAGCUGCCGUGGGAAAAAGUGUUCUUGAAGGGAGCUCAGAGGAGGAAGGAAGACAAUUAGAAGACCAACAACCUUCCGCACUUCACGCUUCACUUCUCACAAAUUUCGCUGAGGCCAGUAUGGCAGAACUUGCAGCGACUGGAGAAGCUGGAACUUCUGAGUCUCCACUCACUAAAGAGCUCUUCCUGUGCGGCCAGUGCAGUCUGGGAUUUGGCUCCAUAGAGGAAUGUAAAACUCACAUGGUCCAGGACCACAAUAACUUCCACGCAGGAGUUCAGGGGUCAUCUGGCUCUCAGACCAAUGAGACUGGAGUGGGCACCAAUAGAGUGGACGCGUCCACUCAGGUCCAGAGGAAGAAGCCAGGACGUAAGAGGAAAGCACCCGAAGCUUACACGGCAUCCAUGGUGAAGGAGGAACCGAAGCCUGAGCGGGAUUUAGAGUCCGAUGAGGAAAAUGAAGAAGAGGAAGAUGAUGAUGAUGAGGCACCAAGACGACGUCGUAUCAGACCACCCCGCAUGCUGGAGCAUGAUUAUGUCAUGUACAAACGACCACGUGCAACAUUGUCUCAGGAAGAGAGACGGGAACUCACCAAAGGCUAUGAUAUCACAUGUUCAGAGUCAGGAUGUAAUGCUAGAUUCAAGACUGAGGUGGCCCAGCAGGUCCACGAGAGCUGUCACGUAGGGGGUGAAGAGGAGGGUAGCUCAGUGUACAGAUGUUGUGUAGAGAACUGUCAGGUGAAGUACAGUAUGUGGAAGGCCAUGAGAAAACACCUGUGGAAGGAACACAAAGUGGACACUGACCUGUAUACCUGUGGACAGUGUGGCUAUAAGGUUGAAUCUCUGUCGAAGCUGGCCAAUCACAAAGAGAUCCACGGCCGCGACCGUCCCUACUGCUGCGACAUCUGCGGCAAGGCAUUUAAACAAGAGAGGCAGAUGAAAAACCACCGAACCAUCCACAUGAGUGACAGCAAGGACGGUAAUGACAAGUGGUACAUGAAGAGGAAAUGUGAAGAAUGUGGUCACAUCUUAGCUAACAUGAAGUGUCUGAAGAAGCACAUGGAGACUGUUCACAGUGAUCACAAGCCCUAUGUCUGCAAGUACUGUGGGAAGUCCAUGGCCAGAAAGGCAAUGAUGGAGCUUCAUCUCAGAGUUCACACAGGAGAGAAACCUUUCAAAUGUGACAUGUGCCCGUAUGCAACUGGUGACCACAACUCCUUACGCCGUCAUCGCAUGCGUCACACAGGUGAGAAACCAUACAAAUGUAUCUACUGUAACUAUUCCUGCAUCCAGGCCAUCUCGUAUAAGACCCAUAUGAAGAACAAACACCCGGGGUACAGUGAGGGCGUCUACAACUGUAAUCUGUGCCCUUUCCGUACCGUGAACAAACAGAGCUACGAUUACCACGUGCAGGACCAUCAGAACGGGAAGAUUGACACACAGUCCAUGGUGGAAAAGUCUCUGAAACCGCUCCCAGAGAAGAGCAAAGUUCAGAUCCCGAGACAGUCAGUCCGCGUGCAGGAAAUCAGCGCAGGAGACCUGGCCAAAAUUUCCAACAUUGAGGGCCUCAGCGGUGGUGAUCUCACUGCGGCCCAGUUGAUCUACUCAGCAUUGAAUGCCAUCUCUCAGCAAAACGCUCACCAGGGGGCUGCUGUGUCUUCUGCAGGACAACCCACAUCCCAGGCUCAGGUGCUUCCUGGUGCUCAGAUAUUACAGAAUGUGGAGACCAGUGUGGUGUCCAGCACCACUGACCAGGGGUCAACCCACACCAUCACUUUUCACCUGCCAGGGGGCGCCACUGAGUCGCCUAUCCUGAUGACCCUCCAGCCAGCAGGGGAGGAGCAACAGGAACCCGAUGCUGUCACUGUCUAUCCCGUACAUGUGGAGUAAAUACAUAGUGCAGUACCUGUUAACUGAUUAUUAGUGCCACUGAGUCUCCGUCUACCAGCUCUGCUUCUACUCACAGACUACAAGGACCUGUGUCCCCAUCUCUUGGAAUUAGGUCACAUAUGAUCUCAACUUGAACCCCCUAGAUUUUAUGGUUCUGUGGGUGCAUUUGCCUUGGAGUGAUAACAAUUGCUAAAAUCUGUUAAGUUUUUGACCAUGUUGCUUGUUAGUUUAAGACCUUACUCAAAAAUUAAGAGAUGGAUUUUGGGUAAAAUUCUCAGGAUGGGUCAGAAAAUAGGCUAACUUACAAUCCAUUAAAUGUUGGUGGUGAUCCAUUAAUAAAAGAAUGGAUUGAUUAAUAAUAUUAAGAAUUGAGCUGCACCCUACAGUAUGUCAUAUGUUAUUGAAAGGUUCAUCCCACUGUAUCCCACCGAUACAAGCGGAAUGAUGAAAAAGUAGCAUUUUUCUUGGCCAUUCUACUGAUGAGGUGCCUUCCAUCUUAUCAGAAUAGGAUUUACUGACAGAUCUCCGAAAAAAAAAGACUUGUGUUGGAUGGGGAUGAGGAUGGGAGCAUAGAAAUACAAUUUUAUUAUGAUGUUGACUGUAAAUAAAUAGAACUGUAAAUAAAUAAAGCAAUGACAAAAGGACCUUAUUCUGUACAGUGCCAUAUACAACUUCAGAACUUGAUCUAAUUAAAUUUUGGAAGGCAAGUUUUAUGUUGGCUGUUGAUUUGUCAUUUGAUUAAAUGAAUUUAGAUUAAAUGAAAAGAAGAAACCUAUUUUUUAUGGUGAUUUUUUUUCCUAAGCUGCCCCAGACCUUUCCGAAUAAUUUCUUUCCAACCUUAUUCCUACCUGUGAUAAACAGUUUCUCAGAAGAGUAUUUUUUGCAAUUUUUGGCGUAAGUUUCUUUAGCGUCUGAUUAAACUGCCUCUGUGGCUCUUCAUACUUUUGCACUUUUUAAGGAAAAGAGAAAAUAGUUUUGAAAACUUACUGACUUUUGGACUUUCAUAUGCUUUAUAAAUAGUAGUAUUUGGGUACGGUAGACAAUGUCUUGCAGAAGACAGAACGAUUUCAAUUUUUUAAAGCUGUCUGGAAUGACAGUACCACAAUUUGUUCUGGCCUGUGAAAUGCACUUAUCACAUACAAUUUUUUUAAUAAAUCUAUAAUACAUAAGACAA